AUGAAAAGAAGGCGUCGACCUGCCAGUGCACCAGCACAAAGUAUUAGAUCCUUAUCAGCAAUGUCGACAUACAGCAGUAAUGAGAUGCUUGGCAGGAAGAAUCUGAAGCAAAAUUAUGAAACUCGACCACCUUUGCCAUACUCAAUAAGGCAUCCGCCACACACAAUUGUUGCGACUGUCUACAAAAAUGGUUACUGUGAUAUUUCUGCCAGAGUUGCUGCCCCUGACUUAAGACUGUUAUUGGAACAAUGCACUGAGAAACUACAAUUACCAUUUGCAGCUCGUUGUGUGUAUCUGAAAGGUGGUAUCAAGGUUAACAGUCCUAAUGAGAUCUCAUAUGGGGCAUCAAUCUAUGUGUCCAUGGGAGAGCCAUACAAAGACCCAUUUAAAAAUACAAAAAAAACUCUCCAAGAACAGAAAAAUCUGACAUGGACUCUCUCAGGAAUUACUCUACCUCCACAAGAUAAAAAAAAGAGGAGAAGUCUUCUCUCCAAAAGAUUGAAGGCUUUGACAACCAAAAAGAAAGUACGAAUAAUUGUCUAUCGAAACGGUUUCAGUACAGAACAUGUUGAAAUUGUUACUGAUCUUUCUAAGAUGGAUGAGUUCUUAGUUGCUUGUACAGAAAAACUCAACCUGGGCAGCUUUGCUCGAAUUUUGUAUGACUGGGAAGGACAGCAGAUAACCAAUCUGGCUGACACUCCUCUUUUAGAUGACUGCCUCCAGCAAGCAGGCAAUCUGGUGUUGGGUCCACUUUGGGUGUCUACAGGAGAAUUCUUCCGUCCAUCAGGAACAGUGGAUUUUAUAACUGGCUUGAAGAAACUAAUAGUAAAGAAACUAAAGGAAACACAGUUAUAUUACAAUGAACUGGUUGCUGCUAAAAUGGGAGAUAAAUCAAGUGUGUCUCGGGCAGAAGUUUUGUCCAUGAAAGAAAAUGAAUUGAACCAAGUAAUUACAAAGAACAAUCUGUUCAUAUCUAUCUAUCUAUCUAUCUAUCUAUCUAUCUAUCUAUCUAUCUCAGUCUGUUUGUAUCUAUCUAUCUCAGUCUGUUCAUAUUUAUCUAUCUAUCUCAGUCUGUUCAUAUUUAUCUAUCUCAGUCUGUUUGUAUCUAUCUAUCUAUCUAUCUAUCUAUCUAUCUAUCUAUCUAUCUAUCUAUCUAUCUCUCCCUCUCAGUCUGUUCAUAUCUAUCUAUCUAUCUAUCUAUCUAUCUAUCUAUCUAUCUAUCUAUCUGUCUUCUUUUGUUUAUCUCUCCUUAUACUAUCAACUGAAGAAAUUUCAAGCAUGAAAGAAACACUGGAGUUUCUCAGGAGCAAACUGCACAAUUUGGAUGAGCAAAUUAAUGAAGAAUUGAGCCAGGGAUCAGACUACGUGAUGCAGCAUAUUCAGAAAUUGAAGGACAAUCAUCGUCUCAUUGGAAGAAAAGGUCUGCGCUUGAAGGUGUAUGAAAAUGGUUCAACUAAAUCUGCAAAGAUCUUUUAUUUCAAUUUGAGAGAAGCAUUGAAAGGAACUGAAGGAGACUACAUUAAACUAAAACAGAGAUUGCUUGAUGACUUGUCAAUGAGCCAGAGGCUGACAAAUACCCAGAAGCCGAAAUUGGUGCCUGUCGUUCAGAAAUUGUACACCCAAACUGGAGAAGAAAUAAAGAAUAUUCUUUCAUUGCAAAAUGAUGAUGAAAUAUGGUUGUCAUAUGGAGAGCCGUUCAUUGAUCCUUAUAGUAAGCCUAUUGAUCGUAUAUUUUAG